AUGGAACCACUGGCCGAGGCCAUCAGGGUAACGCCUGCUAUACAGGGGCUGCUCAUUGAUCUGGCCCCUGUGUGUUGGGCUGCUGCACUCCCUAGCUCCUGUGGCGUCAUCUACAAGAGCUUUGCUCAGUGUCUCCUCACUCUGGGGGACAGUCUGGGUGACACACAGAAAGAGCAGAGCGCACAGGACAUUGACACAGUCUGCAGAUCAUGGGAUGCGUUCCAUGUGUGUGCGAAUGCGGCACUUGCCGGUUGUCCUGGAGACGCAGCGGCUGUGUGGGAGUCUCUGAGGCAAGAGUCUAGGAAGACACAGUUUUCUGGAAACCUCUAUGACAUGUGUGCCAGCCGCACCACACUGGCACCCAAUACAGUGCCCAUGCCACCCUCCCAGAGGCCACCAACAUCAGACCAGACCAAUCAAGAAACUCUAAAAGGGUACACGCAUCACCUUGGACCCGCCUACACCACGCUUUUGCUCUCAGCAUGCAUCUCUCUACUGCUCCUGCUCAGGAUGUAGCCCUAGCCUCCCUCAGACUGCUAUAGGUUAUCUGUGAGCCUUGUGUUUUACUGGACUGAGCAUAAAAUGAACCAACACACACCUGUAAAAACCCCUCACUCCAACACACACGCAAGCACACAUCCCCUCACUCCAAAAUGCAUACCUCCUCCAACACGCAUACACACACAGGCAUGUACAUGUACACACACAAACACACACACAGAGUAACGCAAGAAAACACUCCCAAGCGUUAUGGACGUCACUAUUAUGCAUAUUAUGUAAAAUAACGUUUCCAUGUCAACCUCUCUGUGCAAUUUUCUGUAUACCACCUAUCAUUGAUAAUAGGGAAGUACUGACAUUACUGAUAGAGUUGCUCUAUAAUCUACACGUUAUGUGAACUCUGUUUUUAUAUGUGACAUGUGUAGUGGGGCAAUAUUUGAUACAUGUAUGUAUGCAUACAUUAUUAUUACCUCACAUGCAACUUGUAAAUAAGACUAAGCAAUUAGCCCAUUAAAUGAAUUAUCUGACUUCAUAAGAUAAAUAACAAUAUGCAAGAGACUGUAGUUAUACUAUGUGCAAUCAAGUAUUAUGCUGACUAAUAUCAAGGAAUUGUCACGAGAAGCAAAUAUCAAAGCAAGUAUUACUUAAAAACUUUAUAAAAUGAAUGGAUUCACAU